AUGACCCAGUACCAACCACAGUCCAACCGCUCCAACUUCUUCACUGUGAAAACAGAGGCCUCCUCAACACCACCUCUCGCCACCAGCAUGGCCAAUAGCAGCGCCGCCGCCCCAGGGAAGGUGAUGGGCACACCUGGCCCUGCCGGCAGAAUCAGCCCAGAAGGAAGUCAGGUGAGUCCUCCUAUCCAUCUCCUCAUCACCAACCUGGGUCAUGUUGGAAAAAGUUUUGUGACAGAAAAUGAAUGUUUCUUAUUAGACAGGAAGGCCCUCCCUGUUUCAUUUCAGAUUCUACCAUUUGGUGGCUUAUAAACACGACCCUGGUAUACUCCAGCUGGGUAAUGUUUUUCAAUAGAAUUGUUCACAACAGAAAUCAAAGAAUUCACUAAAACUGUAAGGUCCAGUUCCUACUUGGCUUUGCAUACAUUGACACCAAUCCUUCAGUUUCAUGUGCUGGUUGGUUCUGUCAAAACAUGUUUUCUAUGUUCAUCUCCCUAGCCAGAUGCCAAGUUUCAGGGUGUACAAUGAGUAUGUAGCCACUCUGCUUGACUGCACUGACCUGCUUCUAGUGCACCAUUGACUAUGACUAACAACCUGUUUCCCCUCCACUCAGGUGUUGAGUAAAAAGAAGCUGCAGGACCUAGUAAGAGAGAUUGAUCCCAAUGAGCAGCUCGAUGAGGAUGUGGAGGAGGUAUGUUUCCUAGCUCAGAAGUGUCUUUCACUGAAAGCUUGCAAAAAAAACACAAUGCAAGAUUAGUGCAUGCAAUGUUUUGGAGCCUCACCACUUGUGACCUGAGGUUCCCCAUCUGUCUUCCUCUCAGAUGCUGCUGCAGAUUGCAGAUGACUUCAUUGACAGUGUGGUGACGGCUGCCUGUCAGCUGGCCCGCCAUCGCAAGUCCAACACCUUAGAAGUGAAGGACGUCCAGCUACACCUGGGUGAGUAAAAGUAUAGGCUGAUACGGGCUGAUGGUUGGCGCAGCAGCCGCUGCAGUCAGGGCUCUACACUGACCUUUUUUUACAAGGAGCACUAAGUAGAAAAAUUUUGGCGCACACAAAGAAAUUUAGGAGCACAAUAUUAGAGGUAAUAAAGGUAGAAUCCUUAAUAUUUCUAGGUCACUGGUGCUUCUAAAUAGAAAUUCCAGGUCGCACUGCAAAAUAUUUUGGUGCAUAUGCAAGUAAAAUGGUCGCACUGUAGAGCCCUGUGUUUGUCUCCAUUACUGGAAUGAUUAAUUUACUAUGGCAAAAAUGAACAGCGUCUGAGAGCCAUGGGUGUAGCAGCUUAGAGUUUUAAAGAUAUGUAUAUAAAAAGGUGGAUGAAUUUAAUGGAACAUUUCCUGUUGAGUGUAUUUUCUCUUUGAUUUUUAUUCUCACUCCCUGUGUUGUGUGCCACUCCUCAACAGAGCGCCAAUGGAACAUGUGGAUUCCUGGCUAUGGUUCAGAUGAGAUUCGGCCGUAUAAGAAGGCUUGUACCACAGAGGCCCACAAACAGGUUUGUUUGUCACUCUUUCAUCUUGAUCACACCCAGGGUUCACAUUUAUACUAAUGAAUUGUGGUAAACUUUCAAUAAUUGAAAUGUACAGUGUCAUGAAAAAGUAUUUUCCCGCUUUCUGAAUUUCUUUAUUUUUGCAUAUUUUUGAUACUGAAUGUUAUCAGAUCUUCAACCAAACCUAAUAUUAGAUAAAGGGAACCUGAGUUUACAAAUAACAAAAAAAUAUAUACUUAUUUUAUUUAUUUAAUGAAAAAAGUUAUGCAACACCCAAUGCCCCUGUGUGAAAAAGUAAUUGCCCCCUUACACUCAAUAACUGGUUGUGCCACCUUUAGCUGCAAUGACUGCAACCAAAUCUCAUCUAAAAGGUUUACUCAAGUUUGCCAAAAAGCACCUGGAAGAUCAUCAAGACUAUUGGAAGGAUGAUCUAUGGACAGAUGAGUCAAAACUUUUGGAUGACAUGGGUCCCAUUAUGCCUGCAUUCCACAGUAAGAACUUGUCAAGCAUGGUGGUGGGUGGUAGUGUGAUAGUUUCAGGAUGCUUUGCUGCCUCGGGACCUGGACGACUUGCCUUAAUAGAAGGAACCAUGAAUUCUGCUCUGUAUCAGAUAAUUAUAUGUCAGGCCAUCCGUCUUUGAGCUGAAGCGCAGCUGAGUCAUGCAGCAAGACAAUGAUCCAAAACACACAAUCAAGUCUACAUGAAAAUAACUAAAAAGCAACACAUUUGAAGUUUUGGAAUGGCCUAGUCAAAGUCUCAACCUAAUCCCAAUUGAGAUGUUUUGGCAGGACUUGAAAUUAGCAGUUCAUGCUUGAAAACCCACAAAUGUUGCUGAGUUAAAGCAGUUCUGCAUGGAAGAGUGGGCCAAAAUUCCUCCACAGCGAUGUGAGACUGAUCAACAACUACAGGAAGCAUUUGGUUGCAGCUAGAGGUGGCACAACCAGUUAUUGAGUGUAAGGGGGCAAUUACUUUUUCACACAGGGGCAUUGGGUGUUGCAUAACUUGGUUUAUGAAAUGUGUGUAAUUGUUGUGCUGUUUGUUCACUCAGGUUCCCUUUGUCUAAUACUAUGUUUUUGUUGAAGAUAUGAUAACAUUCAGUAUAAAAAAGCAAAAAAUAAAAAAAAAAAAAUUUUGAAAAAAAGGGGGCAAAAACUUUUUCACCAACCCGUACAUGAAUUAAUAAUUAUUGUUUUUUUGGGGUAUUGUGUUUGUUUUGGAAGUAUUUUUAAAAAAUUUCAAUAAAGCAAAUGCGAAAUUGAAUGUUUGGGUUUUCUUACCACCCUUUUUGAAUGCACUGAAGUUUUUGGGGCCCCUUUUUAAUAAAAUGUCUACUAAAUCCCGGGGUAAAACAAAUCCAAAAAUCAAAUCAAAAAUUUUGGGCCCCAUGCCCGAAUACAACCCGGUGAGAAACCCUUUCCCUGAAAUGCUUACUUACAAACCCUUUAAACCCGCAAUUUCAGGGGUUUAAGAAAGAGUUGACCCUGGUCCAAGCACCCCGUUUUUAACUUGUCCAAAAAUAAUCCUCCCAAACCCUCCGAAUUGAAUGAGUUUGUUUUGGUUUGAAGGCCAAAAAAAAAAAAUUUUUUUUAAAUUUUUAAUCACCCCCAACCCCCUGGUUAAAAAAAAUUUUUAAAUUUAAACCCCCAGGGGGGUUUUGUUUUGCUGCUAAAUGGGCCCCCCCUUUAAAAAGGGGGUAAAACCCCAAAAAGGGGAAAAAAACCCAUUUAAAAGGGGGGGCAAGGCAAAUUUUAAAAAUUUUGGUGGGGGUUUUUUUUAAAUAAAAAAAAAAUUUUUUUGGGGGGGGGUUUUGUAUUUUUUGUUUUUUGGGGGGCCCCCCGGGAAAAAAAUUUUUAAAAAAAAAACCCUUACGUUUAAUGUCCCCCCCUUUUUUAUCCCCCGGCCCCCCCUUAGCCCCCAAACCCAAUUUCCCCCCCACACAUUUCCCCUCCCCAAAAUAUUUAAAAACCCCCCCCCCCUUUUUUUUUCCCCUUUCCUCUCAACUACCCCCCCUUAACUGUUUUUUUUUCCCCCCCCCAAAUAAAACCCCCCUUUUUGAAAACCCACUUUUUUAAAACCCUUCCGGGGGCCAAAUUCCCCCCUUAGCGCAAAAAAUUCAAAAGAAAUUUUUUGGGGUUUUUUUUUUUUUUUUUUUUUUUUUUUUUUUUUUUUUUUUUUUUAAUCCCAAACCAAAAUUUUUAAAAAUUUUUUUCCACAGGGGAGGGGGGCUCUUUUUUUAUAAAUGGGAAUUUUUCUUUUCCCCAUUCCCCCCAAAACUUUUUUGAAUUUUCAAAAAAUUUAAAAAAAAACAAAAAAAAAGGGGGGGAAAAAAAUUUUUUUCCCAACGGGGAAAAAAUUUUUUGGUGGGGUUUUUUGGGGUUUUUAAAAAAAAAAAUUUUUUAGGUUGAAUUGGCCCACUGGAAGAACGAAAGGGGCCUCUUAAUAAAAGUCACUAAAUCAUGUAUAAACCCAAAAAAUAAAAUCAAACUUUGUCACAUGCCCAAAUACCAGGUAGCCUUCCCGUGAAAUGCUUAUUUUACAAGCCCUUACCAGAAAAUUCGUUCAAAAAAAGAUUGACCCGGGUAAAGCAACAUUUUUUCAACUUGUCAACUAAUCAUCAAGCCCUCAAUGACUUGAAUGAGUUGUGUUUGUCGAAGGCAACAACAAAACUGUGUACUGUUGGGGGUACUUGAGGACCAGGGUUGGGAAACACUGUACUAAAUGACAUAAAUGCAAUAGUGAUUGAGCAUGUUUUUCAUUUGUCUCAUCCAGAGAAUGGCAUUGAUCCGCAAAACAACCAAAAAGUAGCAAGACCUGGAACCAGCCUCGCACAAACCCUCUGAAGAUAAUGAAAGUGUGGGUUUUGCAUCAGGCUAUCAAAGGGGGAAAACUGUGUAUAUUUAUAAUAAUGGGGGACAUUCUUUCACCCACGUCUUCAUCUCCCCCAGGUUUUGUGUGUGAUUUGUCAGUGCCAUCAUCACACAAGUAUUUUGAUCUUUAGUUAUUUUUAAUACUUUUCACCACAGACUGGCCAAAAUCAAACACUCUUCAUUCUGUGGAAAUGUACACUCAGGUAUAGAGUGUUGUUUUGGGACAGUGUUUUGUUUUUGGAAUUAUCUGUUCAACUUUACUUUUUUGUUCAAGGGGUAACCACCAAACACACACUUUCAAUAUGGUGGUGGCUACCAUACUCUUUCCCACUUUUUUCCCUUUCUUUUGUCUGGCAUGCAUUUGCUGUUGUGUGUUUAGGUUUUGUGUUUAGUUUUUGUCACAUAAACAAACCCCCUUCAUCUAACAUCAGAAAUGUACACCAUUUGCAUUUAGUUCGUUUCCAGAAUACUGUCAUGGCACUAUGUUUUUGUUUGCUGUAGGGAUCUGAUGUCAUCUCCAUAGUUCAUUAGAAAAUUACCCAGGACAUUGUUUUUCAUAAGAUGUCACCAAUUAACAACAAAUGACUGAUUUAUUAUUCCAAAACAAUAAGGAUGUGAAAUAUGGCUUGUAUCGCCAGACUGCAGUGAGAUGGCGUUGGGUAAUGGUCCUUAUUUGGGGAUGUGUGGGGAAGCAGUAACAUUUAUUUUACUUUAUAUGGCAGUGUUUUAGUUUAUUUUUAUUCCAUAAAUAAAACAAGAUUCAUAUUUCA